UUGUGCAAGAUAUUUAACCGUGUUUUCUUUGAGGUAUGACUUAAAUAUCAAACAUCUUAAAUAAGAAAAGGGAAACAUUUUAGUUUUGGAAGUCAGAAUGCCAAGGAGAAAGAAAAAUCUUGGGGGAAAUCCUUUUCGGAAGACUGCAAGCUCUAAGGAAGUUGUAUCCAGUGUUGCUAGUCAUGAGGAGCCAACUACUACUCUUCCUUCCAUGUGUGAGACAAAAGUUGAUCAGGAGGAACUCUUCACCAGUAUCUCAGAGAUGUUUUCUGAUCUGGAUCCCGAUGUAGUGUAUUUGAUGCUUUCUGAAUGUGAUUUCAAAGUUGAAAAUGCAAUGGAUUGUCUAUUAGAAUUAUCUGCCACUGAUACCAAGGUAGAAGAAUCGUCUUCAAAAAGCUUUGUUGCUUCUGAGAACCAAGUAAGUGCUGUGGGACGUGAAAUAAUGGAAAAGUAUCCUCCUGAAGAAGAGAAUGAAGAUUCAAAAAUGGAUUCAUUUUUGGACAUGCAGCUAACUGAAGACUUGGAUUCUUUAAUACAGAAUGCUUUUGAGAAAUUGAACUCUUCUCCUGAUGACCAAGUAUACUCAUUUUUGCCUUUGGAAGGUGUUAAUAGUUCUAGUGACCCGAGUGCAUUUAUAAAUUCCGAUUCAAGUAGUAUGACUCCCAUUCUUUCUACACAAAAUAUGGAAUUGAACAGUGAAAAUUUAGAGAAUUCUGCCUCUGCAUUAAAUUCAAACACCUUAAUGUCACCUUCUGCUUCUAAUGAGUCCAAAAGUUUUAUAAAGGAUGACACAUUGGCAUUGGAAGAUUCUCUUCUCAGUAGUUCUUUAAAUGUAGCAAAUGACACUAUGGUGGGUGGUAGCAAUCUCAGUCAAAGACAGAAAGAGCUUUUAGAAUCUGAGUGUGUUGAGACUCCGUUCUCUCCAGCCCCUGUAGAUUUGGAUGCCAACGAACCUCAGGCUCCGUUAAGCCUUACUGUGCGAAAUCUGGGCCUUGAUUUACUAGGUACAAGUGGGGAUCAGAAAUCUACUUCUGUCCCUGAUGCGUUUGUACCUUCUGAAGAAUUCAGUUUCAAGCCACACAAACAUACUGAACUGCCGUCAAAAGGGAAGGAUGUGAAUUACUGCUCUGUACUUACCCCUCUCCCUCUACUGCUGCCUCCUCCUCCUCCACCAAUGUGGAAUCCAAUGAUUCCUGCUUUUGACCUCUUUCAAGGAAAUCAUGGCUUUGUAGCUCCUGUUGUAACCACCACUACACACUGGAGACCGGUCAACUACACAUUUCCCCCUCCAGUUAUUUCUCACACUUCCCCAACAAAGGUAUGGAGAAAUAAAGAGGGAACAAGUGCUUAUCAAGUACAAGAAACCCCAGUUUCUCAGGUUGUAAGAAAGAAGACAUCAUCUUAUGUUGGACUAGUUCUUGUUCUUCUCAGAGGGCUUCCAGGAUCAGGAAAAUCUUUUUUGGCAAGGACUUUGCAAGAGGAUAAUCCAAGUGGAGUUAUUCUUAGUAGUGAUGAUUAUUUUUACAUAAAUGGACAGUACCAGUUUGAUGUAAAGUACUUAGGAGAAGCACAUGAAUGGAACCAGAAUCGUGCGAAAGAAGCAUUUGAGAAGAAGGUGUCUCCUAUAAUAAUAGACAAUACAAACCUACAGGCAUGGGAAAUGAAGCCAUAUAUUUCUUUGUCUCAAAAACAUAAAUAUAAAGUCCUUUUCCGGGAACCGGACACAUGGUGGAAGUUCAAACCAAAGGAACUUGCAAGGCGUAAUAUACAUGGGGUAAGCAAAGAAAAAAUAACAAGAAUGUUGGAACAUUAUCAGCGUUUUGUUUCAGUGCCAAUAAUCAUGAGUUCUUCAGUUCCAGAGAAAAGUGAACGUAUUGAGUUGUGUGUCUAUUCUUGUGAGGACACCAGUACUAGCCCAAGAGACAAUGAAGAUAUUACCUCUGAAAAAGAAGAAAAUGUUUUAUCCUCAUCUUUGAAGCAUCUAGAGUUAACUGAAGAGAAGAAACUUGAAGUGACCAAAGAAACUAUAUUACCUGAGAAUGUUACUUAUCUCUCUAAUGCAGAUUUAAAUGAAGGAAGAAAAGAAAUAAGUGCUAUGAAUCCUAACAUUCAGAGUGCUUUCAUUCAGGAAGUUUCAGACAUGUAUUUUUCUGAUUCUGAAAGCAAAGUACAGGCAAAAGAAAAAGGUAAAAAAGAAGAGCAGGUAGAACUGGCUUCUGAAAAAGAGUAUAGUAAAACUGAUGCAGAUAGUGUUGUUGAGAGAGUGUCGCCGAGUAUUUGCUAUGGUGAAUAUAAUCAAGAAGACUAUGAUCUUUCAAAUACUAUUCCAUUUCAUAAUGAAAAAUCUUCACCAGGUGAAACAUUGGAAGAAAGAGCCACAGUAAGGAAAAAAACCUUUGGAAAACAAAAAAGCAAGUCAACUUUGGAAAAGUUCCCGACGAGACACGAGCUAUCAAAUUUUGUUGGUGACUGGCCAGUUGAUAAGACUAUUGGUCAGAGGACAAAAAGGAACCGAAAAACUGAAAAAGCUUCAUCUGGUCAAAGUGACAAAAAAUAUAAUCGCCUUCAGUCACGCAAAGGAUUAGAUAAUACUCUAUCUGCGAAUAUAGAUCAUAUCCAGCAACGAGAAUCUCUGCAUGAAAGUACAGAGGAUGACAAGAAGUCACAGUAUGAUGAUGCUUCAGAAUCUUUCAAUAGCUGUCAAUAUGAUACAUAUAAAAAUACUGAAAAACAGUCAUUCAGCAUUGUGGGUGACUGGCCUUUGUCUGAUUCCUUAGCUCAGAGAGAGCACAGAUCAAGAAUGCCGAAGGAUGGUUUAAAGGAACCCAAUCUAGAAUUUGGAACUAAAGACAGUAUGAAUGAAAUAUCCUUCUACACAGCACAUGAGACCUGUUGUUGGGGCACAAGCCCUGAAGAACUGAAAACCCUGGGUAGUUCCACUCUAGGAGAUUCUGAAACGCUACCCAAUGAAAUGACCUGUGAGAAUAAGACUUGUCCAAGUAAAAAGAUUCAUAGCCAGCACACAUUGUCUCUUACUUUUACCAAUAGUAGGCCAACUAUUCCUGGAGUAGUAGGACCACAAACUUUAGCUGAAUUUCCAGAAGGAAAAUCUAAAAAAGUCCCUAGAAUAGAAGAAGGCAUGUAUACCCAGACUGAACCACAGGAUUUUGCUCUCUUAUGGAAAAUAGAAAAGAAUAAAAUUAGUGUUUCAGAUUCUGUGAGAGUACUAACAGGACGGUUAGAUGGAUUUAAACCAAAAGCUUUCAAUAUUAACACAGAAUUAGAUGUUCAAGAAACAAUUCCAUAUAGGGUAAUGUAUGACAAAAGCACGUAUGUUGAAGAAAGUGAGCUUACCAGUGCUGAUGAAUCUGAAAAUCUUAACAUUCUUUGUAAACUCUUUGGAUCCUUUUCAUUAGAAGCCCUAAAAGACUUAUAUGAGAGGUGUAACAAAGAUAUUAUUUGGGCCACAAGCCUUUUGUUGGAUUCUGAAACUAAAUUAUGCGAGGAUACUGAAUUUGAGAAUAUCCAAAAAUCAUAUGAUGAAGCACAAAUUGGGCCAUUUUCUCUGGGAUUAAAUUUGAAGGAAAUUAUUAGCCAAAGAGGAACCUUGGAGGAUUCUAAUUCUUCUGUGCCAGAAUUUAGCCAUGGCACUGCUGUCAGUUACACUAAUGUACAGUCCACCUGUGAUUCAGAAGAGAGAAACCCAGAGCAGGCAGAAAUAAGAGCUAUCACUACUGAAAAACCUGGAUUAAUAACGGGUUUAUUUCCUAAUGCCACUCUAGAUCUAAAGAAUACUAAUGAAGUACUUCCCAGUAGCCAGGCAGAAGUUCCAGGUCUGUAUAACAUUAAGCAGUCUUUCCCAGGUACUCUAAAAGCUACUGUAGCUAAAGAUGUGAAUGAAAUGGAGAAGAAUCUAGAAGUCACAGAGAUUGGAGACAGUAUACAUUCUUCUUCGAAUUUGUCUGAUAUUUUAAACUCUGUAUCGAGCACUUCAAAUCUUGAAUUAAAUGAAGAAGUUGAUUUAACCAACUCUCUUGAAAUAAAGAAAAAUGAAAAUCUUCCAAAGGAUUAUGUGAAAUUUCCAAACACUGAAGAAUUUAUGAAUGAAGAUGAACAGGAAAUGGAAAAAAUUCUAAUGGCUGAGGGUACUUUGUCAGCUGGAGUUAAUGAAGAAGAUAAAACUGAGAUAUUGAAUCCCAUGCCAGUGAUGGCCAAAUCUUUGACCAUAGACUGUCUGGAAUUGGCAUUACCGCCUGAGUUGGCUUUUCAGCUCAAUGAAUUAUUUGGCCCUGUUGGUAUUGAUUCAGGGUCUCUAACAGUUGAGGAUUGUGUUGUUCAUAUAGAUCUGAAUCUGGCUAAAGUGAUUCAUGAGAAAUGGAAAGAAUCUGUAAUGGAGCGACAAAGACAAGAAGAGGUAUCCUGUGGCAAGUUUAUGCAAGAUCCUUCCCUGGUUGGGCACAUUGGUCUCGAGAAUCCUGAACAAAAAUCAUCUCAGAGAACAGGCAAAAAAUUACUGAAGACUUUAGCAGCACCUGAAAUGCUACCCUUAUUGGAUCAUUGGAACACUCAAACUAAAAAAGUAUCACUCAGAGAAAUAAUGUCAGAAGAAAUUGCCUUACAGGAAAAACACGCUUUGAAAAGGGAGGCACUUAUGUUUGAAAAAGAUUGUGCCACUAAACUAAAGGAGAAGCAGCUCUUUAAGAUAUUUCCAGCCAUUAACCAAAAUUUUCUGAUGGACAUUUUCAAGGACCACAACUAUUCAUUAGAACAUACAGUUCAGUUUCUAAACUGUGUUCUUGAAGGAGACCCUGUAAAAACAGUUGUAGCACAAGAGUUUGUUCACCAAAAUGAGAAUGUCACUUCUCAUGCUACACAGAAGUCUAGGGAGAAAAAGGCAAAGAAAUCGAAAGAGACUGAAGAUAUACCAAGCGAACCAUCUUUCCAGGAUUUUGAGUACCCAGAGUAUAAUGACUACAGGGCAGAGGCUUUCCUGCACCAGCAGAAGAGGAUGGAAUGCUACAGCAAAGCAAAAGAAGCUUACCGGAUGGGGAAAAAACACGUUGCCACGUUUUAUGCCCAACAGGGUAGUCUCCAUGAGCAGAAGAUGAAAGAAGCCAAUCACCUUGCUGCCGUGGAGAUUUUUGAGAAAGUCAAUGCCUCCCUGCUGCCACAGAAUGUUUUAGACCUCCAUGGGCUACAUGUGGAUGAAGCUAUAGAACAUUUGAUGACAGUUUUACAGCAGAAAACUGAAGAAUUUAAGCAGAAUGGUGGUAAGUCCUCUCUCUCCGUGAUUACGGGGAGAGGAAACCACAGCCAGGGAGGAGUUGCUCGCAUCAAACCAGCCGUCAUGAAAUACCUCACAAGCCACAGCUUCAGGUUCUCUGAAAUUAAACCAGGGUGCUUGAAAGUCAUGCUAAAGUAAAAUAAACAUCCUUGACUUAGAAGUGUGAAGGUUUGUAGGUUAAAAUUACUUUUAUUUGCGGUAAAUUUAGUCAAUUUUACUGUAAACGUGUUUAUUAGAAAUGUCCACUUAUAAUAAAAACAUUAUGAUGAUGUUUUUCAGAAUUCGAGAGAAGUUUAAUUUUUUACUGAAUCAAAUGCCAAAUAUGUUGUCUGUUAAAAAUAUUAAAGAGAAUUUUUAUUGAUUAUAAAAUGUCUAAGAAAAGUGUCAGCUGCAGUUUUAAAGUUUGAAAUGCUCUGAUUCUUUCUCAGAAAUGUUACCUUUGUAUUAAUUGUUGUUUAACAUUUAGUAAAAUCCUAAAGGCAUCAUUGAGAGAUAUUUUAAAGUGCUUUGAGACCUGGUUCAUGCCCAUGAAAGCCUUGUAUUAAAAGGAGAAGAAGAAGAAGAAGAAGUAGUAGUAGUAGUAGUAAUGAAAGAAAGGAAAUCUAACAAAAACACUUGAAUACUUUUUGAUUUCAAAACUAAAUACAAAAAAAAUGUUUCAUUUUGCCAUAUCCUACAGGGAGGAAGACAUGCCAUUUGCACUUUCUUCUGUUUUGUAUAUGAUAUUGAUCUCUUACCUUUUGUUCUGUGUGUGUGCAUUUUCUAGGAGGAAAGUUGGAGCCUGAGAUUAUAUUACAGUUUUAUACCUUCCGUAGGCAGAAAAGUUUUUAGAGAAGAAAUGGUUAGAUAAUCUACCAAGUAUUGGUGUCUUAUAGAACUGCUUCUAGAGCUAUCUGUGUAAAUGGUAUUUAAGACGGUACUAAAGAGCUAUAUUUUAUAUUUGAAGCAUAUGAUUUCUAAACUGCAGUAGGUUGAAGUUCUCUAUUAAUUUAAAGCAAAUAGAAAACAUUUUUGAUAUAAUCUUAAAAGGAAUCUUUACAAUUUAGAAGUUUUUUACCUUUGUUUUUAAAAUGAGCCAACUUUCUGAAGAGAAACUUUCAUUGACUUCUUUUUUUGUGUGUGAGCUAAAAAGUCCUGUGUGUCAAUUAUAAUUUCAUUUACACAAGUUUAAUGUGGUAAAGUAUAAUUUUCCAACAUGAAACAAUGGCUUAAAUAAAUUUAACUUUGGAUAUGGAGAAUAUUUCCAACAUACGUAAUUUAACAAAAUGGUUGUGUUGCUUUUUGAUAAGAUUAAAAAUCAUUUGGAUCAAGAAUUACAGGGUUGAGCUGUUACUGAAAGAAUCCUGAAUUACAGAAUGAUUUCCCAAAAGAACAGACAUUUUAAUGAAACUAAAACUCAAAAACACGUUUUUAUAUAUCAUGAAAGCAUGCUUUUAAAAGAGCUGUAUCAUUAAAUUUAUUUCCACAAAAAUAAAAAUGUUUAUUAUUUAGAAAUGGUUAGUGAGUGGUAUUGAAAUAUUAUUCUUACAUUUGAUAAUAAUUUGUUAAUAAAAGAAAAAAAUGCCAACAAUUUAGCAUGUUUUUUGUAAUGUCUAGAAGAGUUGUAUACAUUAAAAAUAAAGCAAUUCAUUUGGAGAACUUAUUAUAAAACUAUAGUUGUUAAUGAAAUAAAAUAUUUCUAUGUGUAAAUUAAUAUGAUUUAAGAAAUGUGAAUAACAAUGCUAAAACCUGGAGUUAGAGUGUGUGCAGCUGCAUACUCGCUUUCCAUGUUCUUAUGUUUCCUCACCCUGUUUAAAAAAGUGUCGCUUUUGUGCACUUCAGCUAGAUUUAUUUCAGUGUUACUAUAAUUAUGAUUAACAUGGGAGCAAUCAAAAAGAAAAAGGGGUGAGGUAUUUUGUGGGCAGAAACCAAAUGAAAGAAGCUAUGUUUUCUGCUGUACCAACCUUAAUUUUAGGCUUUAUUUUGGUAAAUCUAGGAUGUUUUUCUUAAUCAUCAUUUAUAAGUAUAGGCAAAUUUUGAGCAUCUUGUGUUUUUAUGAAGUUGUUUAAUUUUAAACUGCCUCCCACCCCACUGUCUAACAUAGUUUAAACAACACAGAAUUAUGAAAGAAAAUCUUAUAGUUGCUUCUUUCUUGUUUUGCCCAUUUCUAAAUCCUGUAUGCCAAAGGUUCGGGGAUUAUCAAAUUCUUUUCUUGCUCCUUUCCAAAUCCUGUGCAUCAAAAGUAAAGACAGUGUGGGGAUUAUCGAAGUUUUCAGGUACUGGUAUAUUUGUGCUAAUACAUGACUCAUUAGAAUGGCUCUUUGCAAGUGCAUUGAUCCUCUAAAAGUACAACACUUCUGUAGUUUCGAAGGUUUUAGUAACAAUUAGAUCUUUUCAGUAGUCUCUCACCUGUAUCUACCAGGAGAAAAAAAGAGAACUAAUGUGGAAACCACAGGGGAAGUGGGUUGGCCUGAGGAGGCUCACUAACAGUAUUUUCAAUUCAUCCACUUCCUUACUUCAACACUGAGAGUUGGAAGCAUGUUGUCUUAGAUUUAUUGGCUGUUCAUAUAUCUCUAUAUUAUUUUCAAGUUUCAUCAACUUAUUUGUGUUUCCAUACUAUUUGCAAUUCUAUGGCCUUUAAAUAUAGGACAUACUAUACAGUAGAAAUUCUGACUUAUAAUUUAAAGUGUUUUGUAUAUUAUAACACAUUUUGAGAAGAAAAGUAAACAGUUCUCUUGGAUGGUUUCCAGUCCUUAUUUUGGUCUUUCUCUUUUUAAAUUCAAGUGUUUUGUGUGCUUAGAAAAAAGGACAUAUAUAAUAGCAAGAUUGGUUAUUUCUGAGCUGGAAAUUGGAAACUUCUCAAAGUUUAUUAUAAAACUAUAGUUGUUAAUGAAAUAAAAUAUUUCUAUGUGUAAAUUAAUAUGAUUUAAGAAAUGUGAAUAACAAUAAACUCAGGAAAUUGCUCUGACAAUGUUUUAACUGCUCUCAAUUUAAGAAAAUGACAAAAUGUAUAAAAAAGACACAAAAAUAACAUGUGCUGUUUUUUCCAAGUGCUUUUUCUAAGUGCUUUUCCAUUGUGCAAUGAGGUGAAGUUUGGUAAUUUUCUGUGUAGUGGUUAUUAAAUAUUGCUUAUUUUUAUUUACAUGGUAAAGAAAACAGAUUUAAAUGUUUGUGUGGACAAAAAAAGUGUCAUUUAAAAGGUAAAUUUAUGUAGAAUGUAUGUUAAUGGUGCUUAUUUUUAAAAUGUAAUUGAAGUUUACAUAUUACUUAAUGCCUCUACAGAAUUUAGUAGAGAAACAAGGCUGGAAUACAUGUAUAUCCUGAAGAGCCUUUUGUAACUUAACAUUAUAUAAUGACAAAUUUUAUUAUUUUCCUUAAAGUUGAGCAGUUGACUUUCAUGGUCCAAAUGAUGAACCUGUUAUUAACAAAAGAUUGAAUUAACCAUGAAACUUCUCAUUAAAAUAUAAUAUUGCAGCUAUCAGUUGGAGAAUAUAAGAUUUUCAGACAGUAUAUCAGAAAUGAAAUGUUUUUAUUUGUACUAUAAAGAAAAUGUAAUUUUGCUGUUAA